AUAGUUUAACAUAUCCGCGAUUCUUAUGAUAAUCUUAUUGGUGUAAGACAUGAAUGUGUCUAGUUGAAAAGUGAUUUUCUGUCCUUCAUGGAGACGCCAUCUUUAGCAUUAGUGUUAUAAGUCAUUCGUGUAAAAGCUGGAUGGCUGUAUUAAUUAUUACCAAUGUAAAUUGAUUGAAGAAAAGAUUAUUUAUCAUUUUAAAUCGUGAUUAUUUUGUCGAAAAAUGUAUUUAAUAGAAAUAAGAAAAGAAACGAUCGGAUCGUGCAGUUGACUUCCGUAGUACCGUGUCAUGCGUCUACGAUAUCUGAUCGACGUGUAGCGAAUACGUAGUAGAUUUCGGUGCGUGUCGUCACGCUGGUGAUGUUAAUAUCGUUUUCGAGUACGAAUUUUUCUGAAAACGAUAACAUCGAUAAACAGUUUUGCGUUUCGUGUGACAGGGUGAUCGAGGAAGCAAAGGUCGAUCCAUCGUUAAUUAGUACAGCCGCCAUCUUGAUAUAUAGAUGUUGCUAGUAUCGCGAGUAUUGGCUGGAGGUACGGAGACUCACAGCAGUGUACAGGGCUGACAUUCAAAGUACUACCAUUUGGUAGGCUUGAGUAGUGUUAUGCCUCCUCGGCAUCAAUCUCCCUGGUUGCAGUGCAAUUGUCUCGGCAAGCGAUUAGUGAGCUACCAUGCUCAAUUCAGAAUAUUUACUUGCCAUCUCAAUUGUUGAUGAAGCCUCAUAGCGUCGAGCAUCAGCGUAAGGCAGUUACCUGCUGCAUAGCAUUUAUGUACCAUAUAUGUCUGAAAGAAACGGAGUCAAGAUGCAGCAGGUGGACACUAUUUCGCAAAAUAAUUCGUUAGAUGUGGAGGAGCGAGAAAGGCUGUGUAAUAUACCGAAGACAAGUGCACCUGGUAAGGCAUCAGCUACACCAGCUCCACCAGGGAAAGAACCACCUCCUCGUGAAGAGCCAACAGUGGAACCUGUAAACGGUGUAGUGCAACCACCCGUUGUUCCACCUCCUAAUCGUCCAGGGCGAGUUACAAAUCAAUUACAAUUUUUGCAAAAAGGUGUAUUGAAACCAGUAUGGAAGCACCAAUUUGCGUGGCCCUUUCAACAGCCUGUGGAUGCAAAGAAACUCAAUCUGCCAGAUUAUCACAAAAUUAUCAAGCAACCAAUGGAUUUGGGCACAAUAAAAAAACGGUUGGAAAAUACGUAUUACUGGAGCGGCAAAGAAUGUAUCCAGGAUUUCAAUACGAUGUUUACCAACUGUUACGUUUACAACAAGCCAGGAGAAGAUGUUGUAGUUAUGGCACAAGCACUCGAAAAAUUGUUUCUUACAAAGGUUGCACAAAUGCCAAAAGAAGAAGUGGAACUCGAUCCUCCAGUUCCAAAAGGGCCAAAAGGGAAAAAAGCUGGCAGAGUAGGAGGACCAGUUGGUGGAAUGGCAGGAACAACUGGAAGUACAGGAAGAGGUCGUCCUUCCUCGGUAGCAGCGGCUGUUACAUCCAGUGUACCAAAUAGUUUGGCACCUUCGGCUACAUCUGCGGGUACAACAGGUGUCAUACCUAUGCCUCCUCUUGGUACACAAGCACCUGCUUCUGUACCAGGCAGUACGAAUACAACUACCAUUGCUCCGCCAUCGAGCAUGGGUGUCACUCCAAUGGCCACUCACAAUUCUCUGCCUCAACAAGUCGUACCUCCAACGGGUGGUUACCAUGCGCAGCCAGCGAUGGAUCCACAGACGGCUUCUGCUGUACCACCUCCACCUCAGGUUCCCACUGCUCCAACUGUAAUGCCUCCAUCUCAACCAGCCAAAUUGAAAAAGGGAGUGAAGAGAAAGGCUGAUACUACAACCCCUACAGCUAAUUCAUUUGAACCAUUAUAUGCACCAUUGGAUUCUAAGAAUGCUAAAAUUCCUGCAAGACGAGAAUCUGGUAGACAGAUUAAGAAGCCAACGAGGCAAGGGGAAGACGGCUUAGUGCCAUUCCACCAGGCCAACAUGCCCCUGAUUGGGGCAAUGGCCCAACAGCCUCAACAUACAGGUGGUAAAUCCAAGGAAAAGCUUUCAGAAGCACUAAAGUCUUGCAAUGAGAUUUUAAAAGAAUUAUUUUCUAAGAAGCAUUCGGGUUACGCAUGGCCUUUCUAUAAGCCAGUUGAUGCAGAACUAUUAGGUCUGCAUGACUAUCAUGACAUUAUUAAAAAACCAAUGGAUCUUGGUACUGUAAAGAAUAAAAUGGACAGCCGCGAAUAUAAAACGGCCCAAGAAUUUGCUAGUGAUGUGAGGCUUAUAUUUACCAAUUGUUAUAAAUAUAAUCCUCCUGAUCAUGAUGUCGUCGCAAUGGCUAGGAAACUUCAGGAUGUAUUUGAAAUGAGGUAUGCAAAAAUUCCUGAUGAACCUAUGGGAGGUAUGUCAGGAAUGAAGGGUAGCAGUAGUAGUGCAAGCAGUUCUGGUACCGAAAGUUCUUCCGACAGCGACGAUUCUGAAGAAGAACGUACACAAAAAUUAGUUGCUCUUCAACAAGAGCUUAAAGCAAUGCAAGAACAAAUGAGAAAAUUAGUAGAAGAAAGUGGUAAAAAGAAGAGCAAGAAGAAGAAGCCGGAUAAACCAAAAUCAAAGCCAAUGAGCAAUAAAAGUAGUAGCCUCGUUGGUAGUCAUACUGGUGCCAUGAAAGAACUUAUGAAACCAAGUGGUGGAAUUCCCAGUGUGUCUGAUAGUGUUGGUACUAGUAUAGCUAGUGUUGCAAUGGGCGCAAGUGAUCUAAAAAUACCUGGUGGUAUGGGUGGUGAUCUCCAUCAUCCAGCAAUAGCAGUAGGACCAAAUAAAACACAUACAACAGGAAGUUUAGGUCAUCAUUUGCCAACAGCGACGAAUGCUAAAUCAAAAGGUAAAGGAAGAGGUCCUGGAAAAGCUACUGCAGCGAAUACUGCGAACAAAAGGCCGAAAGCGAAUAGUAGAUCAAGUGGGAAUAAAAAGAAAUCGAUCAAUCAACCACCACCAAUAACAUUUGAUUCUGAGGAUGAAGAUAAUGCAAAACCGAUGUCUUAUGACGAAAAGAGACAACUUAGCUUGGAUAUCAACAAACUGCCUGGAGAUAAACUAGGUAGAGUUGUACACAUAAUACAGUCUCGGGAGCCUUCGUUGAGGGAUUCAAAUCCAGAUGAGAUUGAAAUCGAUUUUGAAACUCUAAAGCCUUCCACAUUAAGAGAGUUGGAAAGCUAUGUCGCAUCAUGCCUCAGGAAAAAACCACAUAAAAAAGUUAGUGGAAAAUCUAAAGAUGAGCAAAUAGCAGAGAAAAAACAAGAAUUAGAAAAGAGGUUGCAGGAUGUAACAGGUCAAUUGGGGAAUGUGAAGAAAACUGCUAAGAAAGAAGACAGUAGUAAGUCAGUCGACGUAGUUGGUACUGGAGGAGCCAGUGGGCCUUCACGAUUAUCCGCUUCAAGUAGUAGUAGCAGUGACAGUGAUUCGAGCAGUAGUUCACUUUCGUCGAGCACCAGUGAUUCGAGCGACAGUGAAGCAGGAAACUCCUCCAGUCGUCCACCUAGAAAGAAGAUGAAGAAGAAUGCUCAAAGUGCACCACCUCCAACAACAUCGACAACUGUUGCUCCGGCACUCAAUCAUACUGGAGGUCUAUUAAUGAAUAGUCAGCCAACAGCAAAUUCUACGGGACCAAUAGUAAAGGCAGCAUCGGUAACUCAAUCUAGCAAUAUUCCUGCCGAUCAAGGUGGCAACAGUCAGCAACCUGUAGCCGUAGCUGCUGUUACAGCAAGUCAAGGGAUGCCUGUGGCAAGUCAUGCAUCUAUGCCCGCGCAACCUCCACGACCAACAGCACUGGCAACAGCUGCACCAGUUAAAAAGCCAACGCCGCCACCUCCGACUACUUCUAAUCCUCCGACUCCGUCAGUAUCCGUACCAACACCACCACCAAGUGUUACUCCAACAAAUACGAACUCUGUGGUGGCAUCACCGGUUGUGCCUCAGGCGCCACAGCCUCCAACGUCUGUUAAUUCUUAUCCAAAUGCUAAUACGCCUGUUCCAACGGAUGGAACAACAUUAAAUCAACAAGCGGACCUUUUGCAGCCAUAUAGUACUCUAGCUUCUGUACCUACGACACAAACAUCAUUGGAUCAAGGUCUUUCUAUAAAGAAAGAAUCACAUAUAUCAAUGAUACCAACUCUUCAUACAAGUAAUAAUACCAAUUUAAAUUUACUGCCAGAUGUUAAAAAUCCAGUUAAUAUGAUGCCUACGAAUAUGGCAUCGAAUCUAAAUCUGGGAAAUAUAAAUAUGGCUAAUUUGAACAUGAAUUUACAACAAGGAUUGGCGACACAUAUGUCAAUGCAUAAUCAAUUGGAGAAUAUGAUAAAUACAACAUCACCAUUGACCAACAUACAAAAUACGCAUAAUGUUACGAUGUCGCAACAUUCUAAUGGCUUUCCAAGUAUAAAGCGUGAAACUUCCCCACCAAAUAUGUUGAAUAACAAUGGCAUUCCAGGAGUUAAUGUAGGAAUGAAUAUGGGAGGAAUGGGAUCGAUUUUUGAUCCUGUUCCUAUAGUUUCCAUGCCAAUGCAAAUUUCACAAAUACCUAUAAAGAAAGAAGAAAAACAGCCUCUUCCUAUUUCGCAGCCACAAAUUGCACAAAAGGCAAUGGAUGCAGGAGCUCUUUUUGCAGAAAUGAAUGCGUUAGGUUUACCACCUAUGGGCAAUCAUUCGAGUUCUCAGCUCAUGCCCGAAAAGAAGAUGACGCCACCCGAUUCAAAAAAUCCUGCUUCAAACUUUGCGUCAGCUUUUAAGAACAAGACCGUUGAACAAAAUGUAAAGAAUGCAUCUUCUUGGUCUUCGUUGGCUCAAGCAUCGAGUCCUCAAUCUACUGCAGGAAGUAGUAUGAAAAGUGCUGCCAGAGAUUCUUUCCAAGCGUUCAAAAAACAAGCCAAAGAAAAGCAAGAUAGGCAAAGGGCACUAUUGGAACAACAGGAAAUGCGCAGGCAGCAAAAGGAACAGGCUGAGAGAGAACGAUUGCGACA